AUCGGUGCUCGACAGUCGGCCCGCAACCAUACUGACGUGAAGACGUAGCACCGCGACCGCCGGCGCCCUCAACAUGACAUUCACUUAGAUUAAUUUCGCAUUUAAUUGCUGUAUCCGUACAGCGGUUUAGUUAACCUUAUUUGAUAAGGCAUUUAUAGUUUAGCGACCAUCCGUUAAAUUCAGCUGAAAGCUGCAACGUUUAUUGUGAUAUGAAAAUAAGGUCAUGAACAUGUUAUCCACUAGCUGUGUGAUUUGGCAGUAUUGGUAAAUGUUAUUGACGUGUGUGAAUAUGUCUACAUGUGUUCGUGAAUGAAUAUGUCGAGUGGAAAUAACGGCAACAUGCUCGACACUGGCCUCCUGUACGAGGCGAUGAAGGCGCGCCCCAUACCCUGCCCGCCCGUGCAACACGCCCACUCGGGGGCAAGCUCCACCACCCACGGCAGCUCUCCGCCAUCCACGAUGUCCGCCUCGCCCACCACCACGACUGCCAUGGGCGUUUACGACACCGAAAACAACCUCAAUAAGAGUGGCGGCCAGGACAAGGGGUACACAGACAAACACGUGCUCAAUAUCGACAAGGAGAACUAUAUGCUCAAGUGUGGGCCCCCGCCCACGCCCAUAUGCCUCCGGACUCCCUCAGCUCCCACGCCCACAGACCAAAUCUUAUUUAAUGUGACCACCUCCUCCGAGUGCCGCAGUAGCGUGUUAACGUGUUUGUACCGCCCACAGUCGUGCGGGGGCUCGUCUGUGAGUGGGGGCUGUGGCUCCCUGGUGUCCUAUACCACGGCCGGGGGAUCGCACAGCCACAGCAACGGCACCAGUCCAAGUCACCAUAAUGUGUCUCACACUGUGUCCUCCCUCUUGCCCCUCUUAGAGUGCCGCGCCUGCUUCCACAACGUGUGUACACCUUUCUCGGUCACCCAUUCCUGUGCCCGCCCGCACGAUACCCUGCCGCCGCCCACGCUCACCAGAGAUGUGCCGAUCAGCCAAUGGUCGUCAAGCAAUGUGGUGGAUUGGAUGGCCACGUUGAACCUUGCGCCUUACACGGAGCUGUUUAAGGCCAAGGAUAUCAAAGGGACAGACUUGCUCACAUUAGACAGAGACAAACUUGGGACUAUGGGUAUCAAGGAUGAAUUUCACCAGAAAGCAAUUCUGGUGUGCAUCGACCAGCUUCAGAAUGAAUGUUCUGACGGUCUGUGCAUCGGGGAUAGCGGCACUCCGUCAGCUGUCGGAGGAGGCGACUGCAACACCCCGGCCUCACAUCAUAACCUGCGGAACCACUCCUUCCAUGACCUCCAUCGGUGUGACAAGUGCGGACGCUUUCUGAGAGGCUUCAUCCAUCAGGGACAGUUUUGCCAGGACUGUGGUUUAAUCGCCCACCGCACGUGUGCUGCCACGGGGCUACCUCCUUGUGUAAGACAAUCCUCCAAGUACUUCCGGCGUAUCUUGCUCUCCUCCGUGUUUGGGUUGAGUCUCUGCACCCAGUUUAAUCCUAAGGACAGUCCUGCCCCACUCUUGCUCGUACGGUGUUGCCAAGAUAUCGUUUUCCGUGCAAAGAGUGAUCCUCACCAGGACUCCUAUCGCCUGUACCGCACACCGCCCCAGCAGGAAACUCUUGCUCGACUUCGUCAGGAAUGUGAUGAAGAUAUGUGCAAUGUUGACCUAAGUGCAUAUGAACCCCACGUAAUUGCGUACCUGAUAAAGCGGUAUCUCCGUGAACUCCCUGACCCAGUGAUUCCAGAAUCGUUUUAUGAUCGCUUUAUUGAAGCAGCACGAAUUCAAAAUGAUGACCAGUGUGCAAAAUGCAUGACACAGUUGAUCAAGGAACUCAACCCUCACCAUUCUUACACCCUACAGUUUUUGAUGAACCACUUCCUCCAGUUGUGUCAGCUCCAGGUUGCACGUGGUAUUUUGGACCCUCCAACUCUUCUUAUUCAGUCUCUAUGCCAUGUACUUCUCAGGCCACCAUGGGAAAAGAUUGUGGAAUUGGCCCGUAACACAGAGGCACACAUGCGAAUUGUUGACAUACUUUUGUUGAAAGUGGAUUGGGGAGAAAGAGUACCAGUGUUCGCAGAUCCUCCAGCUUUGCCUCCUCGUCCAAGGAUUUCUCACAGUAUGGGAGAAGAGGGUGGAAGUCCUCCAUCUCCACCCACUGGCAGUAGCUUAGGUAUGCUUCCUUUUGGCACUGGACACUCAAACAUCCCAUCUACUGCACCAAAAUCUCUACAGGAUGCGGAAUGGUAUUGGGGUACCAUAACAAGGGAAAAUGUGAAUGUACUCAUGAAGGACACCAAGGAUGGCACAUUCUUGGUUCGAGAUGCAUCCACUGGAAACAAUGAAUACACACUUACUCUUAGGAAAGGAGGCUGCAACAAGCUAAUCAAAAUAUGCCAUCGCAAUGGAACCUUUGGUUUCACGGAACCCUACAGUUUCAAUUCAGUUGUGGAAUUGAUUGAGAAUUUCCGCCAGCAAGACCUUAGUCAGUUCAAUAAGGCACUUGACAUCAAGCUGCUCCACCCAGUAAGUCGCUUCCACUGUGAAGAAGCCGAGGGAGCAAGAAUGAGAGUGGAAGACAUUCUUGGACGACUUUCAGACCUCAACAAGCAGUACCUCUCAAAGACCUCUCAAUACAAUAGUGCAUAUGAGAAGCAGGUGGCUUUAGCACAAAAUAUGCAGAUGAGUCGCCAAGCCCUUGAUAGCUAUGAUGAAACCAUUUUGUGGAUUGAAGACCACUUAAAACUCCAUGAAAAGUUCAGAAUGGAAGCACAGCCCCAUGAGAUUAAUGAUUUGUUGAAUAACAGAGGGGUACUGAUUGACCGCCUAGAACAGGUCAAAGAUGCUCGGAAUCAGCAUGACAUUAGCCUCGCUGCAAUAAAGAGAGAUUGCCAAGCAGUUGAACGUCAGUGCACUGGUCUGAAGUUAGAUGUUAUGAAACUUGGGAAGCAGAUGGACAAGCUGAAAAAUCUGCUGCUUUCUCGAGGUCUUUCAGCAGACAUGAUGGAUCAGUGGCUGGAACAGGCAGAUCCUUCUCAGCCCCAUCAACCAUCUCCAGAGUUGAGUAAUGAAUCCCUGUGGCGAUUUGAUGCUUGCUCUCGUGAAGAAGCUGUAAAUCUCCUGCAAGGCAAGAGUGAUGGUACCUUCCUUAUCAGAACAGCCCAGAAUGGAGGCUAUGCUCUCUCAAUAGCAUGCAGCAAGGAAGUGCAGCACUGCAGGAUUCAUCAGGGAGAACAUGGCUAUGGUUUUGCUGAACCGUUUCUCAUCUACCCAAGUCUUCGGGAUUUAGUCCUGCACUACUCUGAGAACUCCCUCCUUAUGCACAAUGACCUGCUCCACACAACUCUAAAAUAUCCAGCUCGCCUAGCCAGCUAGUGUUUGCAUCACAUUAAGUAGGGUAUGAACACCCUGUAGGAUAUUAAGAGUAUAAAAAGCUUAAAUAUUGUUAAUACAAUAUAACCAAAUUAAGACAGAGCUGAAAAUAUGCUGAUCCAAUGCCCUAAUUAGGGAGGUUGGGUAUGGGAUUCUGUGAAUGCCACAGCAAAGUUGAAACUCGGCAGAUAAGAGUGGAUCUUUUCUCAGGAAACCAGUGACUGUUGCCAGGAAUGACAUGGAUUGUCUAAGAUAUGCAUUCUGCUGAACAAAAGUGAUGGCUUUUCUUUGCAGAAAUUGCACAACAGGCUCUGGAAUUGGUCAAGUUGCACUUCUGCACAUGUUACAUCAUGGCUGAAGGCCAUUUUGUCCCUCCACGGCCGCCACCAGAUUUUAUUCAGUGCUAUACAGUGCAGUCAAACAGAUUUAAAUUAUUAUUAAGAAGAAUUAUGCAAUGUCAACUGAAUGAAUUUUGGUAGCAAUGUGGAGUUCCAUUUUUUACUCUGUGGUACAAAUUAGUUUCAGGACAAGCAAAGGCAAGUUGUUUUAAGUGACAUUGAUAGGUUGUCAUGUCCUGCAGAGUUUAGUAUUGAGUGAUCAAAGUACGGGUAGUACCCCUAUACAAAGAGGCUACCCAUGCAUAUGUUUUCGUAGUGGCCAAAGACAUUAAUCCAUUGCAAAUAUUUUGCUGUCAUUGCUUGAUAAAACCCCAUAACCUAUAUUGUUUUAAAAAUAGUUGAUAUUUUAAAGAAUAUUAACAUAUAUAGGCUACACAGAAUCUGUUAAUAUUUGAUACAAUGAAAUGUGCUGUGAAGAACUGUUUGCCUCUUUGUUUCCAAAGAUUGUCAAGAUCUCCUAUUCAGAAACAGACAAAUGUGUUGGACACGCAAACGUGUGUGACGUGAAGUGACAGACCUAAGAGAAGUUGCUGCAUUCCAGUUAUGACUGAACUGAGGACGUUCUGAAAGACCAUAUGUGACUCUUGAUUCAGGCGUUAAAAAAUUUUCAUGUGUGAUAUAAUCAUUAAUAAUGGAAAAAAAUAAAUGAACACGUAAGUGCUCUAGCUAGAGAUGAUGACUUGGAACAGAGGGGUAGCCAAGUCAACUCUAGUCCCUAGUAACCCUUAGCCACACACUACAUAGUCUUUAACUUCAUCAUAAAAAGUUUCAUCUCAUUAUUAUAUUUUUAAGGCUAGAGUUUCAUACAUUAUAUUGUUUGUAUCAUUGAAAUAUACUAUGUUGAAUUUAUUGUACUUAUUUUUUAUUUUAUUUUUUUCUUGUAUGUAUGUUCAGAAAUGUAGAUAUGAAUGCAUUUGCAUGUUGCUGUAUGACUGUGUACAGGUGUGCAUGUGUGUAUAUUUUUUUCUACACCUCAUUAUAUUUAUGAACCCUUCCACUAAAUAAUAAAUGUUGAUGGGUCAGCCAUGGACUAGUAAAUAUGUGAGCUUUGGUCACUGAAAUUUAUGAAUCUGAUCUGCAUUAGUGCUAGUCUUCAAAAGAUUUUUUUUUUGUUGUACAACAAACUACAUAGAGAUUGAAUUGUCAUUAUAUGAAGCUUUGUAUUUCUCACUAAGCAGUGAAAGAUGGCUGAUUUCUCAUAUUCACUUAGUCACCUCUCCUCCUCAUUACAUGCUGAAUAACCUGGUGUUGAUGAUGGCAGAUGCCAAAUUGAUAAGUGGAUAAAGUCAUUAAUGUUGUAUGCCAUAUGUCCGGUGAUUUAGGUUAUGUUAUGUUAAUGAGGUGAAGCCAGGUGGCUGCACAAUGUGAUAUUGUGGUGUGUGGCUUUGGGCAGUUGUGUGCCGAGGCAGGUAGUCAUGACUUGGCCACACAGCCACUACCCCGACCUGUCGCUUGUCACUUUUCCCUCCCAUGCUACGCAGGGAAAUAAAGUCUCAAUAAAGUGCUCUUUGGUCA